AAAAAUUACCUUUCGAGGGAUUAAAUAGGAUUGUUUUCUUAAAUGGUCUACACAUUCGUACUUUUUGUUUAAUGCUUUUGAAAAGACACUCCAUUUCUUAAAUACAAAUAUUCCUAAGUUGGUUGGAUUUUUCUUCGUAGGAGUUUAUUACUUUAACAUUCGUAACUUGUUUAUUGCUCAAAUGUAAUGUAGGUACGCCCCGGCGGAUGUAGAUAUCUAUUCAUGAACAAAAAAUGCAAAGCGAUGUCUUCUUGAUUGUGUAACCCGUGUUUACAACAGCCGAACAAGUGUUCGAGUGGGUAGGGAUAUUUUGUCGACUCAGGUCUUCUGACUGUGGAAACAUUGGAUGGCAGGUGUAGGUGAGAAACCGAGUAGAUAGCUGCCUUUUCAAACGCCCAGAUCCUAACUCAGUAUGGAUUACAGCGAACCAACUAUCACAGGCUUCUCCAGGAAAGACUCUAUAAGCGUCAACACUAACGAAAAGUAUGGUGUCAUGUACAAAAAAGGCGGCGCUGACAUGAAGCAGGCAUGGCAGAAGAGGUAUUUUGCUUUCGACGGAGUCGCUUUGAAGUAUUUCAGAUCAGAAAACAGUUUUGAAUCAUUGCGGAUCAUACCCGUUUCAACGAUGAAAGUAGUCACACCUUGUAAACAAGAAGGAAGCCCCCGCGAUUCUAUUACAGACUUGUUUACGAUUGGUGGCCGAAAACACCAGUUUGAGCUGGAAUGCUUUGAUAGGUCAUACCGAUUUGGAACGGAUACCCUUGAUACCUCUAUUGAAUGGCAGCACCAUUUGACUGCAGCCAUAAUUGACUACGAAAAAAAAUAUCCGAACUCCGUCAGGAGGGUGGGUGGCGUCAUGAAUAACCCGGACAUUUCGGGUCGAAUACGUUUUGACAACAAUUCGUCGGCGUAUUUCGUCGCCUUGAAAAACGACAUGUUCAAGUACUAUAGAGACGAAGAAGAUUUCAACAACGGCGUUCCUAUUCACGAGAUUCCGAUCAGUAAAUACAUGAUGUCUGUGAAAGACGUGGACAGGGUCACAUUGAAAGUUGACGUUGGCAACAAGCAAAGUUUCGAACUACAUUUCGAAAACAUUCAGGACGCGGCAGCAUGGAAAACAGCCAUAGAUACCGCCAUUGGAAAAUCACUUGGCAGCAUGAAGUAUGUUGACGAUGUUCGCGAGCUGGAAGCAAACAGGACAUGUGCUGACUGUUCUUCAAAAGAGACAUUGUGGGCAUCGAUUAACUUGGGAAUUGUGUUGUGCCCAAAAUGUGCAGGUUGCCACAGAUCUCUUGGUGUCAGUGUAUCAAAGAUACGAUCACUGUUUUUAGACGAUAUCUUUGCCACUAAUGUUAGUGUUUUACAGCUCCUUCAUAAAAUCGGGAACGAGGAAGCCAACCGUUUCUGGUACAAGAACCCACCCACUGACCGCGCAAUAGACAGGGACACGCCAAUCGUAAUACGCCGACGGCACAUCGAGGAAAAAUACGCGCAGAAGAAAUUCGUGGAAACAGCGGAUGAAAUGUCAAUAGACGUGGUUAACAAGAACUUCGUCGCUGCUGUAAAAAAUGGCAACAUCUUGAAGGUCAUGCGCUUGUUCUACCGCGGUGCUAAUAUAUACGGAUUUUGCACGGAUACUUCUGAAACAGUCAUGGAGCUUGCUGAAAAAUUAGGACACCAUCAUAUUAAGGAAUUUCUUCAGCAAAACGAAUAUACAGAUAUUUCCAUGCGACUCUCAAAUGAAAUCGACGAGAUGAAUAAAAAAGCACACGCUUAUUGCGAAGGAUAUUUGGAGAAGACCGGUCCGAAAAUGAAAGGUUUCUUGAAGAGGCGAUGCGUUCUAAACUAUGGAUGCUUAAUGUACUACAAUGAACAAAAUAAGAGAUCUUCAGAGAGGGGAUGUAUAAGAAUGUCACACAGCGUCUGCGUUUCAGUUCCAUCAUGCAAAAAAGACUUUGCCUUUGAUAUUAGUAACCUGCAGGAGAAACGGGUAUACAGAUUUGCUGCUAAUAAUGAGGAAGACCUUUAUAGAUGGACCAACGCAUUGUGCUCCGAAAUUUGCCCGACGGAUACUCGGAUACCCGUGAAGUUUGACAUGUGUGGAAUUUGCUUUGCAAAAUCACAUAUUAGUCCAUGGAGAAAGUCAUGGGUAGUACUGAAAGACAAGGCAAUCCAUAUCACAUAUGUGGGUGACAAAACAGAAAAGACCAUUGUUCUGUCUAGCGGGACAAACGUUUACCAGUCAAACGUGAAAAAACACAAAGUUCUGCCAAACGAAGAGACCUCCGUGGCGGAUGUUUUGAACGGGAACUGCUAUGUGGAAAUAAUUGCGCCAGAUAUGUCCGAGGUAACAAGUUUCCAGGGUUUGCUACUGGAAGACACUAACCGAUUGUUUGAAAUCGUCGAGAAUUAUAUGAAAUAAGUUAAUGACAUUUGAGGAAACAUUGACCCGACGUGAUUCAAAAAUAAAUUGUCCAGUGCAUUGAGGUACCUCUUAUAACACGACUGUGAAAUGUUAAGUGCUGCAGAAACAUGUGCCAAUAAAUGCCAAUGAAUGCAACAUAUCUCUUAAGAUAUUGCCAAAAUGAAGAUAUGGCAUUUAUUACUACCAGUUUUUUUUCCAAUCCAGGAGAAUGAAUAUACAUGUAGUCAAUACUCCUAUACAUACAAUAUUCUGAUACACAAAUAUGUAUCAACAAAUUUAAUAUUACUUGUACAUUGAUCCGUGACGGUCAAGAUGUGUUUGUUGCAUGGCGCUAUCCAAUGAUUCUUACUGCGUAUCAAGUUUUAUAGAAUUAAUAAUAUUGUUUUCUAGUGAUUAAUUGGUUGCAAUAUGACCAUAUUAGAAACUUAUUUUUCGAACAAUAUGCGUAAGCGUAUGCGUUUAAACAAUGUUUUAUGCCGAGUAAUAUAUAUAUAUAAACACACAUCGUGGUAAAUUUUGCAUAAACAAUGUUUACAUAUUAAUAUUCAUUUUGAAAAAGUCAGAAAAAAAGAAAUAAAUGCAAACAUUAUUUUUAGAGUGUUUUAUUACGUAUGUGAAAUACUUUAUAAAUAUAGGUCGUAAGUUUCACAGAUAAGUGACCAUUUAAGUGUAAAUCAGUUUUAUAAACGUAGGAUUGGUCAGCCGUUUUCAAAAAGAUGCAUUUAUUUAGUAAUGUUUCGUUUUGAUGCGAUGAACGAUCAAACCAAAAAUCGCUUUCGUAUUCUUUGGCUUUACAUAUUCUAUCACGUCUAAGAGUAAACUUUGUUUUAUUCUAUAUACCCUUUCAAUUGCUUACCUAUGUGAUGAUACACAAAUGAGCAACAAUUCAAUGUAUUCUUAAUUUAUGAAUACAAAAUAAAGUUUAAAAUUGUAAUAUUUUUAUUAAAAGCAUCAUAUUUUACUAACCCAUCACACAAUCACAUGAACAUGUAUAAAACAUUUAAAACGUUUAAUAAGCAUGGUGUCUUUGUUCCUUACAUACUUGUGUGCAAUAUGCGUGUCCGUGCGUUGCAAUGUAUAUAUGUAUUGUAACGUUCCCUAUUCACAUGUAUUGUCGUUGAGUUCAACAUUGUUACUUGAUUUUUUAUUCAUAACAAAUAUAUGAAUCGUUAUUUUGUUAAUAAAACAACAACACAUAAUAUAGCAGAUAUUCUAUUACAGUACUUACAAUAUUCGCAGCAUACGCGCGAGCAUACCGCUGUUUGUAACAAUACGGAAUAUCCACCAACGACAUUACGUGAAUUGUCUUUUUAUUAUUAUCAUUUGUACAUGUCCAAACAUUAAAUCUGUGUCUAUAUUAAUAAAGUAUUAUGGAUAAUAAAGUUUGAAAAUAA